AGAUAAACCAACUGUUCUUACCAAACCGCCGAACCCUAGAGAAACGAAAGUUGCAGCGUUUGCAGUUUCAAAGCAAUGUCAGACUACCUUCCCGAAGAAAUCAUACACAAAAUCCUGUUGAAGUUGCCUGUCAAAACCCUAAUCAAAUCCACCCUCGUCUGCAAGUCAUGGAAGUCACUCAUCAAAUCCUCUACCUUCAUUCAGUCCCAUCUCCGCACCACAAUCGACUCCAACGACCAAAACGACUCUCACCUCCUUCUUCUCAGCGCUUCCUCUUACAACCGCAGAGAUGAAACUAGUCAUCAGCAUCACUGGUUGCAUUGGGAUAGCCCCGAAUUCGGUGAAUACUCCAUGCUAUCUACUCCAGUCAUUUUCUUGAAAAACAAACCCGUUUCCGAUCUCGGUGUGGUCGGAACUAGUAAUGGGUUGGUAUGCCUUGAGGUUGAUCAGUUCUAUAGUGAUCGUUCUCCCACCUUGAUUUGGAACCCAUCUAUCAGAAAAGUUGUCAUGUUGCCUACACCACCUGUCUGUUUUACCUCCACCAAGUAUGACAAGUACACAACGCAUGGCUUUGGCUAUGAUGCACAUUCCAAUGACUACAAGAUUUUAAGAGUUGUGACUCUUCUUGAUGAUCAUUCAGACUUGUCCCGGUUUGCAACCGCGGUUCAGGUUUACUCCUUAGCCAGGGGAUCCUGGAAGAGUUUUAGUGCUUCGGUUAUACCUGUGGAUUUGCAGGGUGGUUCCGAACGUCCUGCUUUUGUUAAUGGUAAUUUCCAUACGCUUGAAGCCCGUUUAAGUGUGUAUUACAAUGACCAUUACGAGGAGCACCAUAAGUGUGGCGGAGACUUGUUCAUUGGCACCUUCAAUCUGGCAACUGAAGAAUUUGGCGAGAUAAGGAGACCGGAAGCUUUGCGAGAAGACAGAUGCUCUAUAUCAAGAUAUGGGGACUCUCUUGCUUUGAUUAAGCAUUAUAAUUAUGAUUUCAGAGAUCUAGUUAAUCGCGGUUGUGACAUUUGGGUUAUGAAACAAUAUGGUGUUGCAGAGUCGUGGACUUAUUUGUUCAAUAUAUCUGUGGUUCAGGCUAGUAUAUAUGGUUUUAAAAGAUGUGGGGAAGUUGUGCUAAUGGAGAAUAACGAGCGUGGUCGGUCAAGAAUGAUUUCGUUCGAUCCUAAGACUAAUCAAGUUAAAGCUUUUGGAAUUGAGGAUUAUAUUUACUACUUCAUGGAUUCUUUUGUAGAGAGUCUCGUCUUGCUUGAUCACGCCAAUGCCAUUUCUUACCAAGUAGCAAGGACGAAGUAUAUCAAUUUGCAGUUACAAUACACCCUCACUUCUCUACUUAAUGGUUAUGUAUAUAUAUAUAUAUACAGCGCUUCUUGAACAUCUUAAAAAGAAGGGGAUUCCUUCUUUGCAAUUCUAUCAAUAUCAACUACUCUUAUGAUAUUAUUAUGUUAUAUGGUGUGAAGAUGAGAAUAAAAUAGGGAAGGUAUCAGAGUUAAAAUACACUCUCAUUGAAAGAAUGAGAGAAUUUUGUUACCUUUGGUAGCUUUUGGGUCUGAGGUCUAUUCCAAUAUUUGUGUAAGAAGUUAUCUGUCAAAACUUCUGUAUUGGAAUCAUAUUUGUAAUUUGUAAAGCUUGCAAUUUAUGCCCCAAGUUUUUCAACAUUUGU